AUGGAACGAGGCGCCAAAAAUGGGGCCCUAGAUCUCAGAGAAAACUUUGCCUGUGGAUCGAGAAGGAGAUAUGACGGGCUUGUUCCGGUGCCAUCAAUGGAGAUGGGAAUGGCCGGAAUAGAACCUGAGUAUAAAGAAAUGUUGAAUCGCAUGCGAGUGAUAACCAACUGCUUCCUCCGCUACCUUGGCAAAAUUCUCAUCCUUGGACGGAAGAAUGAUACCCGUUCCCCACGCCCUGAUUCUGAUCGCAUUUCAAUGGCAUGGGUUAUUUCGGAUAUCUCCACGAGAUGA